GUUUUAGUUACUGUAUUAUCCCUUGGCAUGCAAAUGUUCAUCCAUUUGUAUUCUAUUACUUUGAAUUGAUAUGUAAGGUUUGCUGUGUUUUCAUUGUUAUUGCUGUUGGUAUAUUGGGGUUUAUUCAUCAGUGUUAUUAAUCUGGUUAAGUAGAUACAGGUUAUCGGUGUGGCUGUGUGUAUCACAUAAAAUUAGACAAGUUAUUUAAAUGUUAAUAAACCUCUGUUAGUGGAGGAAUGUAAAAAAAUUAACUAUUAUGGUGCAAUUAUAUUCUAACAUUUUGAGAGAUUGUAGGGCAUUUCAAAUUAAUGUGUUAGAACAGAGAGCUUCCAUUGAUCACUGAAGUCCCAAUUCCAUCCAGUCUAACCAUUCAUCAAGUCCUAAUAAUGUUAUAACCAAUAGUAUGAUAUAACAUGAUAAAGUUAUUUACAUCGUCUAAUUGGUCAGCUUGGACUUGUCUGCUAAAUUCAUACACAUAUAUUUUGUAUAUUUUCAUACACGUAUAUCUCUGCUUUAAAUUCAUACACGUACAUUUUGUACAUAUUUAUCAAGUACACAUUAAAUUCACAGAAGUUAAAAGAAAGCAAUGAUACAUGCAUACAUUGAUGAAUUUGUUGUAUUAACAAAUGGCCUACUAUUGAGACUACGGAGAGUCUACCGCCAUACAGCUUGAUUCACUGUGAUGUUAAUUUUCACUGAGAGCAAAGACUAACCAAUCCUUAUGUCUAACUUCAAUUUGUUAUCAGACAUGGCAGAAACUGCACUCUCUUUGGAUAUACUAUAACUAUGACAUUAUCUCACCCGUUGCUUAUGCUGACCCUGCAGUCUAUUAAGAAGUUUGCAUACAGACUGGAGUGAACUUUUUUCAAGAUAUCUAUACAUUGACGUAUAAUUACAUAAGUGUCCAGUAAUGUAGUUUCAGAAUUAGAGGCCAUAGCCAUAUUUCUUUUUAAUUCAGAUUAGGAUGACAAACUAUUGUUCGUCUUCUAAUACAGAAGAUAAUCCAGUCUUACAAAAGACAUUAAAACUAUUAAUGUUCAGGUCCCCCUAAUGGAUCUGUCAGCCCGAGUCCAGAAAUAUAUGGAUCAUGUGUUAAAUUGGGCCUCGUAUUACUAGCUACAGGCAUAUAUACCUCUUGGAAAACAGUAAUUGUUGGUAGUGGUCUUUGCCUUUAACUCCUGUUUCUUUACAUACUGUUGUCCUGUAGUGGUGGUGGCAUGGUGGACUAAAGCACAUAACUGUUAAUCAGAAGGUCACUGUAUUUUAUCCCCACCACCACCACCAUUGUGUCCUUGAGCAAGGCACUUUACUCCAGUUUGCUCCGGUGGAAUUGUCCCUGUAAUAUGUGCACUGUAUGUCGCUUUGUAUAAAAGCGUCUGCCAAAUGUAUAAAUGUAAAUGUUUCACGUGUGUCCGCAUGUCUUUAUAAAUUUUUUUGCCAUGUUCACUCAUACUGUACAUCUGUGGAUUGAUCUACAGCCAACUUCAGGCAAAACAAGACCAGAGGACACGUCUUACUCAUUCUAUAAAGGGUUAUUGCAUAUUCACAUUGAUUUAAAAUGUCCGAGUAUCUGAUUCUGUAUUUAUUUUCUUGUAGACCGAUGAGAAAUUAAAAAUAAUAAUAAAAAAUAAAAAAACUCAAACAUUGUAAAUUAACAAUAAAAACCCAGACAGACAGAUUUUUUAAUGUGAAGAGAGUUGUUUGGGUGACUUUCAUAAUUACUGUGAAUCACAAUAUUUAGAUAUGACUGCAGUCUGGCAGUGAUACGGAUAUGAGAGUGCCAGGCUUCUCUGUGGCUCAAUCUAGGCAUGAUAAUUUUGAAUGUCCACAUUUUGUGUCUUUGUUAUAGCUUCACCUUGCAGACUUCAAUUGGUUAAACUUUCCAGUAUAAAACCUCCAUCUCCAGGGACUGCUGUGGCAGCUCUGUAUUCAGUCAGCUAGUGUGCUUUCUACCUUACAGUGUCAGUAUGCCAUACAGUAUUUGAAAUAACAUAUUUACUUCAUUUUCUGUCCUUUUUAGCCAACUGACCCCAAAGGAUAAUACUUAUGCUUUGGUGAUUUCUUUUUAACCUUUUAUAACCAUAUUUGAAAAUGUAUCCAUGCGUGUAAACUGGUCAUUUCAUUUAAAUCUAUUGAAAUGGUUGCUCUCUUUUCUAACACUGUUUUUGGUGCUAGAUUAUUUCUCUCUCAGUCUUUUUGUGGGUUUCUGCUCUGUUAAAACAACACUAACUUUUGCAUUAAAACUGUGAUGAACAAAUAUAGGUAAGACACUGUCAAACUGGAUCAUGCAUAAUGUAUGUAAUGGAGUAUGUGAUUGGACAACCAUGGGGAAUAUUAGCAGUAAAGUCUCAGAAAACAGCAUUAAAACUAAUUUUGAACAAUAGUCAGUAAAUCUUGUAAAAUCUCCAGUAGACCCAAUAAUACAUAUUUUAUAUUGUUAAAUAAAGAGGUAAGGAGGAAUAGUUUCUCUGCUCUGUUAGUCAUACAUUUGAACUGAAAUGUUACACAGUUUUUAUCUGUCUUUCUACAGUCCUUAUGCCCAGCCUCAACCUAUGCAGCAGCCACCACCCAUGCAGCGGCCUCCACCUAUGCAACAGCCACCCAUGCAACAGCCACCCAUGCAACACAGCUCCAUCCAGAUCCCUAUAGGUCCUCCUCCUCCUAAAGUGGUCAGCACUGCCAACAUUGUGCCUACAGCCUACCCGGCUGCCCCAGCACCAGCUCCAACAAUGUUUCACGCACCUGCUCCUGCCCCAGUUCCAGCCCCUUCCUCCAGCAGGCCUCCCUGGGUUACUGAUGAUAAUUUUGCCCAGAAAUUUGACAAAAGCAAAUCCACCACCACAAGUAUCAAAGUGCAGGCUCUGCCCCAGGCUGCCCCACCACCACCAACCUACAUCCCUAACCCCAUUCCUGCUGCCCCAAGUCCUGCUUUCAACCCUGCCUCUUCUCCAUUCAGCCCUGCGCCAAUCCCACCCGUGGCUCGUGGAGUUGCUCAAAGGGCUGAGCGGUUUGCAGCCAGCAGUAGGACACCUCUGUGUGGAUCCUGCAACAACAUCAUCAGGGGACCAUUCCUGGUGGCACUGGGUCGUUGCUGGCAUCCCGAGGAGUUCAAUUGCCAUUACUGCCACUCGUCUCUGGCUGAUGUCAGCUUUGUGGAGGAGCAGAAUAAUGUUUACUGUGAGAAUUGCUAUGGAGAAUUCUUUGCACCUACCUGUGCCCGAUGCAACACCAAGAUCAUGGGAGAAGUGAUGCAUGCACUGCGGCAGACCUGGCAUACUACUUGCUUUGUGUGCGCAGCCUGUGGAAAGCCAUUUGGAAACAGCCUCUUCCAUAUGGAGGAUGGGGAGCCCUAUUGUGAGAAAGAUUACAUUGCUCUCUUCAGCACAAAAUGCCAUGGCUGUGACUUCCCAGUUGAGGCAGGAGACAAAUUUAUCGAAGCUCUAGGCCAUACAUGGCAUGAUACUUGCUUUGUUUGUGCGGUGUGCCAUGUGAACUUAGAAGGACAACCUUUCUACUCCAAGAAGGACAAGCCCUUAUGCAAGAAGCAUGCACAUGCCAUCAAUGUGUAGGUGCCUUAACAGUACAAUAGAAGCUGUCGGUGAAACAACUAAAUGCAGUUUAUAAUACAUUUGCAUUAGAGGUUCUAUUGCAAGGCAUCAGUGCCAAUCCAAAUGAAUAGAAAAUCGUACAUAAAAUGACACAUAUUAAAAAAUAAAAAAAUAAAAUAUAUAUAUUCAGAAAUAGUAUCACGGCUUGUGCUGUUUGGAACAAGUUAUUGGAUAAACAAGUUUGGGUGUGUGUGUGUGACUGAGAGACCACGAGAGAGAGACCACGAGAGAGAGAGAGAGAGAGAUGGAGUGUGUGAUCACCUGUUGUCACUUCCAAGCAGAGAUGCUGUCAGCUUUCGGAAGAUCAGAUUUCUCAUUGGAAAAAUAGCGUCCAUGCGGGGGUAUUUCUCCCUAUUUCACAGUAGCCGGUGCGGUGUCGAUUACAAUAGAAACUGCAAUGUCCUCCCAUUUUAAACAGCACCCAUUGUGUAAUUAAUCAGUCUAUUGUGUCUCUCAGCUGUGAAGAGCCGUAAUGCUGAAGUUGUUCAUUUAAAGCAGUUUAAAGCUAUUUCCUAGCUUUAGUAGUGUAGUUUAGACAAGGGAUCACAAAGAGCUGUUUUAUAGACACUGGCUUACGUGGAUUCACUUCACGUCACCUAACUGGCUCAUAUUACACACUAAAAUAAACUUUUACCACCACCUGCUGGCUUACAUAUGUAAUGUAAAAAAAAAAAAGAUAAGCAGUAGCUCUUAACACAUAUGCACUGCUCUUACACUUUAGUUUAGAACGGCACGAACACAAGCGGAGUGAUGCACACUGUGAAGCAUCGGAGUGCUUUAACAAAUGCACAUUUUUAGUCCAAAUUAAAACGCAGUGUGCACAUAGAGUUAUUUAGUGCAUUAUCUUUAUUAUAAUGGAUGUAUCUUUUAUUACAAUAAAUGUGCACUUGUUUGCCUGAUAUACAUUAAUUUAAAUGAGAUAACAUCACUUUCACUUUUGGUGAAUUUAUACAACAUAACAUUUUUAUGAUGUUAGUGACUGAAACAUUGAUUUGAACUUCUUUGUUAGAAUUUGGUUGGAUUUUUAACCAAGUAACUACUUCUUUAUUUAGAAUUGAAUAGGUUACAAUGUACAUGGAUGUUGUUGUGUGUUUGGUGAAUAUUGUCUAGAGAUGUAUUUACUCAUCGCAAGGCAUAGUCUUGAGUUGAUAUGCCUCAGAUCAUUUCAAAAUCAAAAACAGAGCCUGAACAAAAAUCUAUGCAUUUUAUUAUGCCUUAACCUCGAAAGGAAUCUUAACUGUAUUUCUUUUUAUUGCAUUACAAGUUGUUUUCACAAAAUAUAACGAGGCCUAUUGCUCUUUUACGUCACACUGAAACCGGAUACUGGUGUAGUCUUUUUAAUGCUGAAUAAAUAAUUUAUAUGUGCUACAAAUCUUGUUCAUGUGUGAUAGGAAGCAAUUAAUGCAUUUUUAAUGCAAACAUUUUUUCCAUUUGUUGAUAAAAAAACAAUUUAAGCAGGGCACCUGGUAACAUAGAAUUUUAAUUGGUGAAUCAGUUCUUGCCCUCACAAUGUACUGAUUGCAAGACAUAACUAGCUGUUUAAUUUCCAGCCUGCAAGGCUGAACAGAGUACCUUAAAAUGUUUGUCUUGGUCACCGAAGUUAGCUAUUUUGUUCUGUUAUUUAUUGUGUCCAAAAACAUAAUAUUUAGGCUUGCUUUGCAAAUUGCACAGAUUUAAUUAAAUUUAUAAUUUAAUCAACAAAUAAAGGUCAAUUUAAUCACAUACACAGAAAAGAAAAAUUGAUUCUUAAUGAUAUCAUGAAGAUUAUAACAAUUGUGGUGACCUAGACUUUGUUCUUUGUAUUCUCAGUUAGUAGAUGUGAGAUGCAACUUCAAGCUUACAGUUAAAGUUUUCCACAGAAGUUUUACACCAGUUUUUUUUUUUUUACAUUUUCGAAUUUUAGCACAAUUAUACACAAUUGUGUUUCCUUCAGGUUGUUUAACAUUUAUGUAUUUUUGUUCUUACACUUUGAACAAAAUUACUCCUGUUUGAUUGAUACAUUUAUGAAUGUGUCCCUGACAUGACAACAUUAGUCAUUAUAUAUUCACUGCCACAUUUUGAAUUUUAUCUAACCUUGAACCUACCAGUUGAGAAGUGUUUUUAGGACUACUUAAGUUUUCAGGUUGAUACAGCAGGUUUAUUAGUUAAAAAUUGUAUUGAAAUAAACAACAAUUUGGCAUGUUAAAUGCCUCUCUUACUGUAAAUGAAAAAAAAUAAUAUGCUUCAUUUUUAUGGUGCACAAGUAAGUUACAGUAUGUGAGCAUUUAUAGCAGCUUUGGGUUCCGGUGUAUGGAAUUACAGUAUACUUUUAAUAUACUGGUGUAUGUAUUUAAUAUACAUCUAUAACCAUGUAUUUUCAUUGUGUGAUUGUGAAAUGUAAUGCUAUUGAAUGUCAAGCAGUCACUUUUCACAAAAUGUAAAAUAAGCCACCAUUUUCACUUGUGAAUUAAAAAAAAAAAUUCACAAAGCAUUUAAGCAUCCAGUUACAGAGGCAUAAACUUUUUCUUGAAUUUGCAGAUUAUUUGUGUUAAAGUAAAUAAAAAACCCUAAAAGGAAUAUUUCACACAAAAAUUAAAAUUAUCUUAUAAUUUACUCACCCUCUUGCCAUCCCUGAUAUGCAUUAUAUUCUUCUGCUAAACACAUACAUUUUUUAGAAGAAUAUUUCAGCACUGUUGGUCCUCAUAAUGCAAGUGAAUGGUGGCCAGAACGUUGCAGCUCCAAAAAGCACAAAGAGGCAGCAUUAAAGUAAUCUGUAUGACUCCAGUGUUUAAAUGUAUACCUUCAGAAGCGAUAUGAUAGCUGUGGUUGAGAAACAGAUAAAUAAUAAAGUCCUUUUUUACUAUCAAUCUCCACUUUCACUUUCAAAUUCUUCUUUUGUUUUUGGUUAUUCGCAUUAUUUAUGCAUAUUGCCACUUACUGGUCUGGGAGGAGAUUUUAUAAUAAAAAAGCACUAAGAAAAAGUUUGUCACCCACACCAUACAUCAUAUCAAUUCUGUAGAUAUCGAUGAGUAUUUUGUAUUACUUUUAUGCUGCCUUUAUGUGAUAUUUGGACCUUCAAUUUCUGGCCACCAUUCACCACAUUCAGCUGAGAUAUUCUUCUAAAAAUCUUUGUUCAAAAAAAGAAAGACAGUCAUACACAUCUCGGAUGGCAUGAGUGUAAGUAAAUGAUGAGAGAAUUUCCCCUUUUGGGUGAACUAUUCCUUUAAGAAUCAUGUGAACACAUGGGUGCAAAGUUACCACAUAGCACACACAAAGUUUUUUUGUUGUUGUUUUUUUAUUUAUUUUUUUACUUCGUGUCUUUAAUGCAAUUUUCUUCUGUUGAAUACUGUGGAUUCUUUCUUUUGGUAUUUUAUGAAGGGGAGUAAAAAUGGUUAAAACUGAGUGGUGUGGAUACUUCAAUGUCCAAAUUAUUUCUUGUAUUUGUAUUUGAACAUGACUAGUAUAAAAUAUUAAGUUGCUUUAUACAAACUGUUAAAACAAUUGCUCGUAACUUAAAUAUUUUGUGAUUAAAUGUUAUAUCACUGGACACUGGACAGCACCACUAAUUCAUGCUUAUAAUAUUUUAAGCACAUUAUUUCAAUCUAACUCAUGUUUAACUUACAUAAUAGCCUACUUACAUCAAACUGUUUGAAAGGAAUUUAUGCAAGGUACAGAUUCAGCAAAUGCUAUACAACAUGAACACACAA